CUUUUAAUAUUUUAAUUUUUCAGUGGGUGCACGAGGAAGAGACGGCAAAAUCAUACGAAUUACACGGGACACUGAGACUUCUACAUCGACUCCGAUGAAUCCCCCAGAGAGGAUUCGACCGACAGCUUCAAGGAGAAGAAGACGUAUGAUUAUUGAAGAUGAUGAUGAGGGACAUAAUGAUCAGGGGGCGCCUUCUACAGUGCAUGAGGAAGAUGUGGUACAUGAGCAUAUGGUGCACGAGCAGGUGGAUGUACAUGAGCAGGAGGAGGCUGCACCUGCUCAUGAGGGAUAGCAUAUGGAGGAGGAACAUGAUGGAGCUGAGGGACCUGGUGAGCUCACACGGUAUCCUGGAGGACCUUAUGAUUUGUCUGUCCUUACACGAUACCGUUAUCAUGUUUCAGCUAGACUAUGGUUUGGCGAGAUGGCAUUCUGAGACAUCGUCAUUUCACAUGCCAUUUGGUGAAAUGACGAUUACUUUGGAUGAUGUUGCCAAUCUUCUCGGAUUGCCUAUUAGGGGUGAGUUCUACAGUCCACCCGAUGUAGAUAGAGUAACGGCAUGUAAUCUUGCCGUCCAUCUAUUAGGAGUGACCACGGAAGAGAUCUGGGAGGAGACCAGAAAGACUAGAGGUGCACACUAUAGAUUGGAUUGGUUGAAGGAGGUGUUCAGAAGGCAGUGUGCAGCAGAGAGGUUUGACUGUGCUGCUAGGGCAUAUCUGUUGAAUUUAGUCGGGAGUACUAUUUUCGCUGAUAAGAGUCAUACUCUAGUUGAUGCGAAGUACCUCCCUUUAUUCAGAUAUUUAGAUGGUAUAGAUAGAUAUGCAUGGGGUACUGCUGCACUAGUGGUGCUUUAUGACUACCUCUCAGAUGCCUGCUAUUAUGACACCAAACAGCUAGGUGGAUAUAUGACGUUGCUUCAGUGCUGGAUUUACGAAUAUUUUCCGAAUAUUUGUAAUAGAGGUGAUCAGGGUGCUGACGUGGAAUGUUUUGCCCGAAUGAAUAGAUGGUGCUAUAAGCAAGGCAAGCAUAAGGUCCACGAAUACAGAAGUAUUAUUGAUGCAUUGACACCUGCAGAUGUUAUAUGGAGACCAUGGGAGAAUCACAGGGGUGUCAUUCCUUUUGAUGAUAUCACACUUUAUACUGGUCACAUUCGAUUAUGCAGCACUGUAGUGAAAUAUCUACCAGAGAGGUGUUUGAGACAAUUCGGAUAUAUCCAGUAUAUUCCUUCACCGCCACUUCCAGAUCCUGCUAGAUUAUUUGAUGUAGAUGUGGAAUGGUUGGGAUAUGUGACGCCAGUGACAGAGCUAUUUCCCAAGCUUCGUCCAGCUACAUAUCCAUCUGAGUGUGAAGAUGGAUAUUUGGAGUGGUUCUAUCAGGUGUCUCAUCCACUGCUGGUGCGACCAGAUGGUGUACCUCAGGUCCCACGUUAUAGUGUACCGCCCACCAGUGCAGAUGCUUCUAGUUCACAGCCGCCACCUAUCCUACAGCAGAUCGGUGAUCUUAUACAGCAGGGGUUGAGUGAACAUCAAGCUAGUCCAGAUGAUGAGUUGUAUAGGCACUUUUAUAAAGCUUUGUAUUUAUCACGUAGUCGCACUAGUUAGUAGUAACACUUUUGUAACUGUUGUUAUGUAGGUUAUUUUAUGAACACUUUUGAUGAA